AUGAAGUUCUUCCGAAGAAAAGACAAGAAGAGGAACGAGAGCGACGGCGGCCAUAGUCACGGCUACAUGCCGGGUUUCGGCAGCGGUUCGAACGGCGGCAAGCACUCGACACCCGUGGGUUUCAGCGGGUAUGGCGGUUCCGGCGCGUAUGACGACUCCCGGCCCGAGAACCACCGACCCUUUGGCUCCUCUCCGCCAAACAACAAAUCGUAUUUCCAUCACUCUCCCCCGUCGGGAGCAGGAGAGUACCUGUCGUCUGCCCCAUACUCUCAGCAGCCCCGGCCCACGCGUGGGUCCGCCGCCCUCCUCGCCCAAUUCCCACCAGCCGUCUAUGAACGCAUCUUCGCCUUCGUUUGCCCCCACAGCCAGGACGAGACAUAUUCCACGUGCGAACAGAGCUCAAUUGACGAUGGUUGCAUGCUCUGCGACCUGCGCGACUUGGCGCGCUGUGUGGCCGUCUGCAGGCGCUGGAAAGAAGAGGCCGUGAAGUUGCUGUAUCACAGCAUUCGCAUUGACAGCGUCCAUUACUGCGAGCUCGAAGCUAUCCUCGCCGAGCGCCGAAAACGACGAUCGUUCUUCGACCGGAAUGGCGAACCCGAAGACCCUGCGCAGGCACGCCUGAAGCUGCUCUGCCGCACCCUCCGCGAAGACCCCGUGCGCCGCGGCCGCCUUGUGCAAUUCCUCAAGAUGCCAUAUAUGCUCCGCGAAUCAUGCCAAGCCGACCUCGCCCGAACGAUAGCCGUGACGCCAGAUCUACACUAUGUUGACCUGCCCGAGGGCCUGUUUACUGACGAGCCGGCCUUUUUGACGCUCCGCCUCGAGGUACAGGCGCGUUGCCUUGAGCUGCGCAAGAUGACGUACAUGAGGGGUUCCGAGAACAGUCUUCAAGCCUUGGCAUCUGGGCGAGUAUGGACGAAGCUGGAGGUUUUGGAACUCAUCGGGAUCGAGAUGGAACCCAGCAUGCUGCGCCAUGCGCUGGGCUUCCUAGGGAACCUCCGCGCACUCAAAAUUACUAAGACGACAGCAUUCACCGACGAGACUUUGGAAUGGAGCGAUAUGUUGCCGCCUUUUCCACCAGUGGAGGAGCUAAUUUUCACCGAUGUGCCUAAUGUCUCGUGUGAGGGCUUAAAGUCGUGGCUGAUGCUCCCGGAGGCCCGCCAGGCGCUGCGCGUGCUGACUCUCAAUGGUACUGGCGCGCGCGUGUGGGGGCUACAGGAUCUCAUGGCGUAUGCCCCGACUCUGAAGCACCUGUCUAUCAUGGACAGCGUGUCAGCGACCUUGCCGUCAGCGGCCGGCUCCCACAACAUUCCCCCGCUGUCCUCCACGAGUCUCGAGUCUCUCCACUUCGAGAUUACUGCCGCCGCAUCCGCCCCAAAGUAUUCGAAUGUCUCGGCUAGCUACUAUAACUAUCUCGCCGGUUCGCUUCUUUCUGGGGGGUUGCCCAACCUCCACGCCGUCUACGUCCGCGAUCCCAACUUUGCCGACCUCCUCCUCGGUCUACCCCCGCCUACCCCAGCUUAUGCCGACGGCCGCACCGCUCACCCUUCGAGUAGUGGUUCUUCCUCGCCGUUCGGUUCCCCGCCAGGAAGCAAUGGGGGGUUCAAUCACAACAAGAGACCGUCUCAGGGUGGGUUCCCAUCCCCACUACUCCCUCCUUCGGUUCCCUUUGGCAGCGGAGGCGGCGGUCACCGUCAGCAAGGAUCUCUGUCUUCACUCAACGGGGCUUUCAGCCCUUCUUCGGGGCUAGGCGUGGGUACCAACCCCAACCCACGGUUCAGCAGCAACAAUCCAUUUGCGAGCCCCAUCGCGUCUCCUACCACGGGCGGUAUCGGCCCGGCUACGGGGUUGAAUGCUAGCUUCCUGAAUUUACCUGCGAAGUUAGAGGUUUUCACCAAGGGUGAGGACGACGACCAGCUCGGGUGGUCGUUUGUACAGGUUGGCGGCGGUGCUGGUAUGGGAGGGGGUGGCGGCCGGGCUCAAGGAGAGCGACCGCUAAGUAGCUACGGACUUGGAGCCGAUGUUCUCGGUGGUAGCACCUCCGGUUGGAGUAGCGGAGCCGGCGCAAGACGAAGUGUGCUCGUCAGUGGGGUGGGCGCCGGUGGUGGAGGCGGGUUCUUGGCCGUGCCGAAUGAGAGUGUGGGCGGUGGACAAAGGAGAGGUAGUGCUGUUGGUGUUGGCGGUAGGACCGGUGCGGGGAGGAGGGAGAAUAAUCUGAGCCUCGGUGGUGGAGAGGAUGAGUGGCCGAGACCAAAGAGCAGUGCCGGAGAGAAGAGGAGGGAGAAGCUGGAUCUUUGGCGUUGA